AUGGCGGACGAAAUGAAUUUAACCGAAUCUUCAACCGAAAAUUCCACUCAAAAGAAGUCAAUUAAGAAGCCAUCUGGGUGGAAUACAUUUUUUCAAACAGUUGCUAAAGACGUUCUAGAAGAACUUGGACCUGAUUCGAACACCUCAAGUAUUGGACAGGCGUCAAGUGUGGCAGGCCGCAUGUGGAAAAGUCUGCCAAAGGACAGGAGAAUGGACUGGAGCAAAAAAGCACAAACAAUCAGAGAGAACCUGGAUACUGGUAUACCUCUUCAAGAAAAUACAUGCCCCAUUUGUGAUAAGGUGUUUAACAGGGCAAAAGACUGCAAAUAUCACAUCAAAGGCUGCAAGGAAUGUGCUUGUGAUGUUUGUGGACUAACCUUCAAACAUACUGCCAAGUUAGACAGGCACCAGAAAAAGGAGCACUUAGGAACAUUUAACUGCACAGUUUGCAAUAAAACAUUUGCAGAAAAAAGGAACUUGAAAAGGCACCAAUCUAUCCACAGCAACAAGAACUAG